AGGUUGAAUAGACAACACGAUAUAAUCGUGAGGGCUUUCGAUGAUAGACUCUCUGUAGCUCCAAUCAGUCUCAGAAACGGAGAUCGCGUACUGGAAAGUGCAGCUGGAAGCGGUAUCUGGGCCCUAGAAUUCUUCGAGAAGAAUCACGUGAAUGGGAUCCUCAUUGACAUGGAAUGCAUCGACAUAUCAUCGAAACAGUUCCCUCACACGCACCCUCCCGAAAUGCAUUUCUCCGUCAACACAAUCACCGACCUUCCCCCGGAAUGGACCAAUACCUUCUCAUACGUCCAUCAACGACUCCUGGUCACUGCGAUGACUGACUCCCUCUGGCGUUCAGCCAUCGCUGAAAUAUCCAGAGUCGUUCAACCGGGAGGAUGGGUAGAAUUUCUGGAAAUCGACUUUGAGUACCUGCGAUGGGGAGUCGGUCCACAGUCGAAGAAACUCACAACGCUAGUCAGGAAUAUGUGCACACAGAAAGGGAUGGUCAGAGACAUGUCUGUGUACCUACCAGCUUUACUCGAGGAUGCUGGGUUUCUGGAUGUUCAGUGUGUGACACAACAUGUUUCCAUUGGCGGCGAGCUGAACUACAGUGGAAACGGGCAAUGGCGGAAUCUGUGUCUGGGUAUGAAGGGUCCCAUCGUGCAAGCAGGGGGUUACGGUAUUGUUCAGUCUGGGGAGGAGUAUAAGGCACUCCUAGAAGCUUCCUCACUUGAAUGGAAGACCUCAGGAGAGACAAAUACCAGCUUCUACGCAAUCACAGCUCGAAAACCAUGCGAGAGUUUGUACUAA